UUCCGACACUUGCAUAUCCAUACACAAACGUACAACUGCGGCAAACAGAGAAUACCAGAACAUCCGGUGUUCAUCAGGUGGAGACAGUUUGGCCCUUCAUUCAUCAUGUUCUCCAGAGGUACGAAUGAGGCAUGUCUUAUUUGUGGGGGAGCCCUGCAGGGUAACCAGAGAAGAUGGCUGUUUGGGGGUCUGAAGAAGAGAGGUGGUGAACCACGGACCCCGACAGAGUCCCUGAGAGGAGGAAGCAUGUCCCAGUCCUGUCAGAGCAGUCCCUGGGGUAGCACGUUAUCCCUAGGCUCCUCGGUGUCUCUCUCCAGAUCCCAGGUAUCCCUCUGCUCGCCCUCAAAAGGAAUGGACCUGCUCUCUGUGUUGAGCCACAUACUGGGGCAGUCUGUACCACGAGGCGGUGGGCGGGGGGAGUUUCUGUGCGGGAAAUGCGUGUGCGUUCUGGAGCGCGUGUUCAAGUUCGACACUGUCAUCGCCAGGGUGAGGGUGCUGUCCUCUGAAAGGCUUCAGAAGCUGACCCAGGAGAAGGACAACAUCAAGCGGUGGGUUCGCUACAAUUACUGCCAGAGGCACCCUGAGGACUUCGAGGAGGAUAGCGAGGGUGAUAAGGAAGGCUACAGAGAGAUGCUCAGAGAGAACAUGGCGCUUUCAGAGUACGAGUGCUGGUCUGAGAGAUGGGACACGUGUCCAUACUUCAUCCGAACCGGUAAAAGAUGUCGGAAGGGCAAAGGUUGUGAGGGGUGCGAUUCCUUGCGGGUGUCCGACUCGGAUUAUGAGUCUGUUUGUGGGGUUCCCCGUCGCCUGCCCUCCCAGCCCUUUUCCCCGUUGGCUCUGUCGCGGGACAAAUCACAGAGCAUGCCUCUCCAUUGGUCCAGGGUGCCGUCCAACCUCUCCAGCCUGACGUCGUUGGUGGGGUCCAGUCUUUCCUUACGGGCGUCCUCCUGUGCAGAGUCCGUCCAGUCGCUGGACUCUCUUGAUGGCACCGACCCAUUUGAUUUGCCGGGCGAUCAGCCGCUUAAUUUUGUGCUUAAAGAGCUGAGAAGUAUAGAGAGCAUGCCGGUCUGUUCACCAUCGGGCAGUCAGAUUCCGGUUCUGGGCAGGAAGGGAAAGCGGCACAGUGGGGGGGAGGUAAAGAUGGUGUCACCUGCUGUCAAGAGAGUGCUGGACUAUGGUGAUGAAGAAAAUGGAGGAGAUGAGAUGGACGGGGAGGUCAUGGAUGUCCUAACGGAGCUGAGGGACGAGUUCAUGCCUCUUCAUCGAGAGAACUCGACAAGCCGGAUGCACCACGCAGUCAGGCAGCUGCGUGGCCAGCUGGAUCAGGCUUUGGCCCGCAUCAGGACCCUGGAGGCAGAGCUGAAGGGACCAGCAGAUAACACUGAGGUCAAUGGGUCAGCGGACUGGGCACCGCCACCGCAGGGGGAAAGUGGCAGUUCACUCCUCCAGAGUUUCGCCAGCUCACUGCACAGCCGGGAGCGUGUGAUCCAGGAGUGUGUGGGUGUGAUCAGAAGACUGUGUGUGGAUGGGGGAGCGUCCACUGAGCUGCCUGACCAUCUGAAAGACAACCUGAAGGAGCUUCUCUCCGACAACACAACUGCCCUGGAGAACUGGAGGUCCAGCAUGAGCGAGAGAGAGAAUAAGAUGGAGAGAGAGAUUGAGGCCCUGAGGAAAGCUGGGAAAGACCAAGAGAGAGACCUGGACAUACUCCACACCGUGCUCCAAUGCAACCAGGACAUUAUCAACGAUCUGCGUCUGGCUCUGGCCGAGAAGGAGCAAAUGCAGAGGGAGGUGGAGAAAGAGAGGGCGGUGUGGAGGAGCAGGGAUCAGGCCCUCACGGCUGUGCUGCAGGAGAAGGAGACUCUGCUCCACUGCCUCAAGGAGGAGCUAGAGAGCUGUAAGAGCAACAUGCAGGCUCUCUCCGACUCACCGAUUGGCCGAAGUUCACCAGGAGGCGGGACUGAAGCAGCACUAGUCAAUCAGCUUCAAGAGAAAGAGAGCCUGUUUGCAGCCUGGUUGCAAGACAGAGAGGAGAAGAGCGCCACCAUGUGUUUGGAGGUUACCAAACUCACCGCAGUUCUGCAGGACUACCAAGUUACUGUGCAGGGUCAACAGGAGAGUCACAGCCGGACUGUGUCCUCACUCAGAGACCAGCUGAGAGACACACAGACUGAGGUGCGGGAGAGGAGGAGGGAGAGGAAGGAGGUGGAGCGAGAGCGGCAAAAUGACAGGGAUCAGCAAGAGAGGGAGGAGAGAAAGCUGAGGGAGAGUCUGGAGAAGAGAGACAAACUCAUCGAGCAAUUACUCCUGGAUGCGGAGGAGCGGGACCACCUCUUCAGAGAGCUGCAGCAUACGCCACAGCUCAAACACCAACCUGUCACCGCUGUCAAACACACGUUAUGAUGGAGGACAGCGCUGCUGUUUCGCAGUCUGGUUUGCACAUUUUUACUGUUAGGAAAUGGCGGGGAAAACUUGCACUUUCUGCCCCGCACAGCCUUUCGCCGGGGCAUAUUUACUGCGGUGUACGUAUGUGUCUUCUGAUAAGACCGCCGUUGUUUGUUUGGAUGUUUUUCAUUGGUUUGCGUUGGCAGACCUGCUGUGUUCUGGGAAAAGGGGCCAAAAGAAAUGUUCCAUGUUGUAAUAUGCCUAACGUUUCGGUACCGGAACACAGUCUCAGUCUUGAGUGGUUUUCAAAAUGGAGCCGUAGUCUGGCUCCUUAAAGGUGGAUGUUCAAUGCUUGACUUAGAAAUCAUUAAGGUGGAUGUAAACACUAAGGCGCUGGUGAUCAGCUGUCAUUUCACGUGACGGCGGCUCAUGUGCUUUAGUGUGAGAUGCUUCAUGCAGUCCUUCAGGACUGGGUGGGGCAGCUUUUAGGGUAUCAUUUUCUCUUAAGUUCUUAAAAGUGGGUUUUCUUCUGUUAUUUCUUUUUCAAACUGAUCGGCCCUUUUUCAGUUCGUUAAUAUACUACUGCUUUUUUGCUUUUUUUUGUCAUUUUUGUUUACGGUUCUCAGUCGACACUUAGUGUCAAGGAGAGAAAGCACAUCGGACCAAAAUAAUUUAUUUUGAAAUUUCCUUUUAUAUUUUUAUAAACUUAAAUUUCAAUCUUUGUUUAAAUGUGUGUUGUGAAUCUGUAAUCCAUGUGCUGCAAAAAGUGUCGAUCCUGACGAGUUAUUGCCGGCCGGUCUUGAAAAUCUCGUUUUUCCGAAAGAUUUUUCCGACGUGGGUGAUCCAUCCACUUGUUUCCGAAGAGCAGUUGGACUUCCUUUUUUCCAAGAAUUUUCCAUUUCCACUGUUUAAAAAGACACUUGAGGUUGAUUCAAGACAGUUCUUCAGUAAAGUUGGUUAUUGCGUUGGAUUGGUUAAAUUAUCUUUCAGUAGGUUAAAUGAUGCGUAAAGAUGUGAUUUUGUUUUUUUUGCAGUUUGAUCUGGCGCUGUUGUUCACCGUUUUAGAUUUAACAGAAUAAAAGG